AUGCGACCAACAGUCAGAUGGAAGAUUAGAAGCUCACACGACAGGCCGAUUAGUUCGCGAUCGCCGCUGCCUCAGUAUGCCCCCAGUGUCUUGUCCUCCCACACGCGGACCGGGUCCAUCCUGGACGACGCUCCCAGCAUCCCGCCGCCAGACGGCUCCUACAUGUCCUACGACACCAGGGAUCCCUCACACAGGCCCUGGUCGCCGGCAUCGAGAAUGACGGACUACUCGCGCCCUCCGGCGUCUCACGCUUCCUACGAGCCCUCCGAUAUCAACGGCAGCCCCCGACCAGGAACCCCGUCAUCGCGAUAUGGCGGCAGCCCGCGACGGCCUUUGCCUCCGGCGCCUCGCUAUGGCAACACGUCGCGGAACUCGCAGUUUCCCGACGAUAUCACCGUCUCGAUUCCCUUGGACCACCGCGAGGACGACGACUUCUAUGACCCAGAGACUGAUCUCAGCGAAUCUCGCCAUUACGACGGCUAUGAGCACUACGACCAUUACGAGGAAGAAGAUGACCGCCACUAUGGCGAUGACCGCGACUCGUACCACUCGGGGUCGCAGGAGACGCUGGGCGAGGACCAGGAAUACUACGAUAAGUAUGAGCAUUAUGGCCCUGCGCCCGACGGAGCGCAAGAGAGGCGAGGCGUCCGCGCUCCGCAAAUGUCCAAGAAGGAAGUCCCGCUCAUCAAUGGAGAGCUGGUCUUGGAGUGCAAGAUCCCGACGAUCCUCUACAGUUUCCUGCCCCGGCGAGACGAGGUCGAGUUCACGCACAUGAGAUACACCGCGGUGACGUGCGAUCCCGACGACUUUGUCGAUAGGGGGUACAAGCUGCGACAGAGCAUCGGCCGCACCACUCGAGAGACGGAGCUCUUCAUCUGCAUCACCAUGUACAACGAAGACGAAAUCCUCUUUACGCGAACCAUGUACGCCGUCAUGAAGAAUAUCUCGCACUUUUGCUCGCGAUCCCGAUCUCGCACAUGGGGCGAGAAUGGCUGGCAAAAGGUGGUUGUCUGCAUCAUCUCCGAUGGCCGUGAGAAGAUUCACCCGCGUACACUCGACGCCCUGGCUGCCAUGGGCGUGUACCAGCACGGCAUCGCCAAGAACUUCGUCAACAACCGAGCCGUGCAGGCCCACGUCUACGAAUACACGACCCAGGUCUCGCUCGACUCGGACCUCAAGUUCAAGGGCGCUGAAAAGGGCAUCGUGCCGUGCCAAAUCAUCUUCUGCCUCAAGGAGAAGAACUCGCGCAAGCUCAACUCGCACCGUUGGUUCUUCAAUGCCUUUGGCAAGGCCCUGAACCCCAAUGUCUGCAUUCUCCUCGAUGUGGGAACUCGUCCCGGAGGCACCUCGCUGUACCACCUCUGGAAGGCUUUCGACUUUGACUCCAACGUGGCCGGCGCCUGUGGCGAGAUCAAGGCCAUGAAGGGCAAAUACGGAUCAUACCUGCUGAACCCCUUGGUUGCGUCUCAGAACUUCGAGUACAAAAUGUCCAACAUCCUGGAUAAGCCGCUCGAGUCUGUCUUUGGAUACAUUACCGUGUUGCCCGGUGCCCUCAGUGCCUACCGCUACCACGCGCUGCAGAACGACGAGACCGGCCAUGGACCGUUGAGCCAAUACUUCAAGGGCGAGACUCUCCAUGGACAGCAUGCGGACGUGUUUACCGCCAACAUGUAUCUUGCCGAAGAUCGUAUCCUGUGCUGGGAGCUUGUGGCCAAGCGGGGUGAGAGAUGGGUGUUGAAAUAUGUCAAGGGCUGCCAUGGAGAAACAGACGUGCCCGAUUCCGUCCCCGAGUUCAUCUCCCAGCGAAGAAGAUGGCUGAACGGUGCCUUCUUCGCUGCCGUCUACUCCCUGGUCCAGUUUCGACAGAUUCUGCAGACGGAUCACACCCUUGCUCGCAAGGUCCUCCUGUACAUCGAAUUCGUCUACCAAUUUGUCCAGCUGCUCUUUACGUACUUUUCUCUCGCAAACUUCUACCUGGCCUUCUACUUCGUCGCUGGCGGGUUAGCAGACCCGCGAGUCGAUCCAUUCGGUCACGGCAUUGGCAACGUCAUCUUCAUCAUUUUGAGAUACACCUGUAUCCUGCUCAUUGCUGUCCAGUUCAUCCUGUCGCUUGGCAACCGUCCACAGGGCGCCAGGAGGCUCUAUCUCGGCAGUAUGAUCGUCUACAGCAUCAUCAUGGUGUACACGACCUUUGCCAUCAUCUACAUCGUCGUCAGGCAGUUUACGGACAAGGACAGCGGCAUCACAUUUACACUGGGUAACAACGUGUUUACGAACCUCAUUGUCUCCAUGACCUCGACCAUUGGUCUAUACUUUGCCAUGUCCUUCUUGUACCUCGACCCGUGGCACAUGUUCACCUCUGCCGGCCAGUAUUUCCUGCUUCUGCCGAGCUACAUCUGCACCCUGCAAGUCUACGCCUUCUGCAACACGCACGACGUCACCUGGGGCACCAAGGGCGACAAUGUCAUGAAGACGGACCUGGGAGGCGCCAUUGGCAAGGGCGACAAGGUCGAGCUGGAAAUGCCCAGCGAGCAGCUCGAUAUCGACAGCGGAUACGAUGAGGCCCUGCGCAACCUGCGAGACCGCGUCGAGGUGCCCGAGAAGCCCCCGAGCGAGGCCCAGCUGCAGGAAGACUACUACAAGAGCGUGCGGACGUACAUGGUGGUGUCGUGGAUGGGGCUCAACGCCAUCCUGGCCAUGGCCGUGUCCGAGGUCUACAGCGACAAGGGCAUCGGCGACAACUUUUACCUGCGCUUCCUGCUCUGGAGCGUCGCGGGCCUGGCCGUCUUCCGCGCCAUCGGAUCGACCACGUUUGCCGUCAUCAACCUCAUCCACCUGGUGGUCGAGGGCAGGAUCCGCAUGACGCUCAAGCUGCCGAGCUGGGCGGGCGGCAUGGGCGAGAAGAUUAGCGAGACCAUGAGCAGCGUGGGAAGCAGCAUUACGAAUACCCUUAGAACAUGA